AUGCGGCAGCUGGGAAUCGCACGAUGGGCAGAGGACUGGCCAGUCAUCCUAGACUUGCGCCCCAUCGAAGCUUUCUGCGCGGCUCACAUACUACGUUCCAAUCACAUCGGAGGUCUUGCCGAGCUGGAGCAUAGAUUCAGCUCCUUGCCUCCUCCACCCAUCGUCCGUGCAAGUCCCAACGGAGCGGAUGGGCACGCAGCAGCAGCAGCAGCGGCAGCAGCAGCAGCGGCAGCCUCGCCGUCGAGCGAGCGUGUGCAAGUGCCUCCUAUUCGAUUGAUUGUGGCAAAGAAACGUGAUUGGAUCAUUCAGCACAAGUUUGACAAAUGGCAUGUGCCUGGCUGGAGAUGGAUCGUCGGACCUGAAGAAUGCGAGUGGCCCCCUUGCCAGCGUCUGGUCGUGCGCAAUGCGAAUGACGACUGGCACGCAGACGCAGACGCAGACGCAGACGCAACGGCCGCACCACCGUUUGACAAGUCGUGCGCAAGUGCCUUGCGCGAUCUGAUAGAGAGUUUGCCAAACGACACGGCAAAUGAUGAGCAGCAGCAGCAGCAAAAAGGCGCGCUCGAAUUCUGGCGCCUCGCAGCGCACUUGGGUCUGUUGACGUCGACGAGUAUAAGUGUUCAAGGCGAUCGAGAAGCCUUCAACACGAUUCCUCGUGACGCGCGACACCGCCACGAUAUGCCUGCAUUGAUGUUCCAGCCCUCGCCUGUAGUCGAGCGGGCCAUGCUGUCUUUUGCCGACACGGACUCGGGAAGGACGGGCGCAUCGGACGGCCGCGACGAGGUUACCGUCGCUAGAGCUCUUGACUUGGGCUGCGGGGGAGCAAGAGAUGUGGCAUGGGUGUGCGAAUACGCAUCUCGAGGACUCACACCGGUCAGUGCUCUCUUGCUGCUCUCGUCUGCUCUCGAUCGACGUCAAAUCAAACGACGGCUCAGAUGAUCAUCACCUCUCUCCACCGACCCUCUUCUUGCUCAGGGUAUCAUUUGGCGCAUAGUCGGCGUAGACUCGCUGCGAAAAGCGCUCUUGCGCGCGGAAAUGUUGCUGAGAGAUGCGGGCUUUGCGCCUGCGCGAGGUAUGCUGGACGAGCCCACACGCCUCCUCGACCAUGCAUCGUCGUCGUCAUUUGCCGGAGCGACCGGCGUAGAUGCGCUUGUAUGGGCUCGCAUCGCCGAGCAAAAGAUCAGCGCAGUCCGCAAAGGAGAAUCCGAACAAGCGGGUCCUCAGGCGUUGGAUGUGACGGGCACGCCACCCAUGGGCACGUUCGACAUCAUCUUGCUCGUAAGGUUCCUGCCGCCCAUCGACUUUCUGCUCGGUUUGCAUAGAUGGCUCAACGUCAGAGGCGUAAUGGCCAUCUCCCAUUUCGCUCUGUUGAGCGGCGAGGAGAAGCAGAGGCUGGAGGCGAACAGCGAAUCAGUAAUUCCCGAGCAACUGCGAUCAGGCCCAGGGACGGAGGAUGAGUGGCGCCACAAUGGCCUCCUGCCGGCGAUCUUUAGCAGUGGCCGCUCCGAACCAUCUCUUUGGAGUACAUACACAUCUCCUCCAAUCAGUGCGCGUUUCUCGGCGGAUCAUCUGCAGCUCAUCUUACGAGCCUGGAAUCCGUGGUCGAAUGUUCCGGCCAUGGCGCACAAUGUGGACAAUACAGCAAAGCGUUGCCCUCCAUUCGAGCUCGUGGAGCACCGCAUAGAGGAAACAGAAGAUGGCAGACCUCUUCGAAGUGUCAUUAUCAGACGCAAUAGAUGA